CACGCAACUUCCGGCAGGAACCGGAAGUGGGGAAGACAAAGAGGAACGGACCAAUCCAAGAUGGCGGCCACCGCGCGGCAGUUCCACGUUUGGGUCGGGGCCGAGAGCGGAGCCCUUAAAGCGGUGAAUUUGAAGCGGAAGGAGGCGCUGAAUUUCGGUGUAGGCCGCGACCUGGGACGGGAGGCCGCCAUUAAAGUCAUCGCGUGGAGCGGGGAACAGAAACAGGUUCUGCUGGGCCGUUCGGAUCGAUCCGUCCAACGUCUGGAUCUCGGAACCGGGUCUUUGAGCUGCAGCCGCUUUUGCCCCAACGGGGACGGGGACUUUUGUGGGAUCGCGGCCUAUGGAAGUCCCGUUGUAUUGCAGGUUCGCCUUUACGACAGCGCCACCCCGCGGCGGAGGCCGGUACUGCAGGUGUCCUAUGGGGAAGGGCCAUUAACGGCGCUGGCCUUGGUGCCGGGGGGGACGUCGGUUGUGGUCGGCAGCGCCAGAGGGGAGAUGGCGGUGAUUGACAUGAGGCAGGGCCGCCUAUUGAGGUCCCUUCGUGGCUGCGCUGGCUCCAUCCGGUCCCUUCAGUGUCACCCGUCGCUGCCCGUUGUCGCGUCCUGCGGCCUCGACCGGUUCCUGCGUGUGCACAGCCUGCAGGACAAGAGCAUCAUGCACAAGGUCUACCUGAAGUCCCGCCUGAACUGCCUCUUGUUAAGCAGCUGCCAGGACCUGCUGGCUGAAGAUUCGCCCCCCCCCACGAUAAAGGAGGAAGAGGAGGAGGGGGACGAGCUGUGGGGCAACAUGGAGACCAUCCCAACACAGGAACCACCCCCAAAGAGGAGGAGAAAGGACCCACAGCCUGACCCAUAAGUGGGGGGCAGGGGGAGGGGGACAUGGGACCCCCCCCAGCCCCAUAAGUGGAUGUGGGGUGG